GCGACCCCGGAAGUGGGUCGGGGGCUUGGCCUCUGCCCGGCCGCGGAGCCGGAGCAGGCGGUGGUGGCCGCUGGGGUCCCCGGCCAGGGGAGCCUGUCUGGUGGCGGAGCCCGUACGCGGCCCGGGUAGCGGGCCAAGGAUGCUGAACGUCCCUUCCCAGGCUUUCCCGGCCCCCGGCUCCCAGCAGCGCGUCGCCUCCCAGGGGCGCAGCAAGGUACCUUUAAAACAAGGCAGAAGUCUUAUGGAUUGGAUUCGACUGACCAGAAGUGGAAAGGACUUAACUGGACUGAAAGGCAGGUUAAUUGAUGUAACUGAAGAAGAGCUUAAGACACACAAUAAGAAAGAUGACUGUUGGAUAUGUAUAAGAGGACUUGUUUACAAUGUCAGCCCAUAUAUGGAGUACCAUCCUGGCGGGGAGGAUGAACUGAUGAGAGCAGCAGGAGCAGAUGGAACGGAUCUGUUUAAUGAGGUUCAUCGCUGGGUCAAUUAUGAAUCCAUGCUGAAAGAAUGCCUGGUUGGCAGGAUGGCUGUGAAGCCUGCUGCUCUGAAAGACUGUCAUGAAGGGAAGAGAGUCUUAAAUGGCAUGCGUCCCAAGAGCCAAGUGACAGAUACACUGCCCAGGGAAGGCCCUAGUUCUCCAAGCUAUGACUGGUUCCAAACAGAGUCCUCAGUCACCAUUGUUAUAUACACCAAACAAAAGAAUAUCAACUUAGACUCGGUAAUAGUUGACCUCCAGGAUGACUCCUUGAGAGCAGAAGUGGUUAUCAAGGAUCAGUCUUACCUUAUACAUAUUGAGCUAAGCCAUGAAGUUCAAGAAAAUAUUUCUGUACGGGUCAUUGAGAAUGUUGGAAAAGUAGAUAUUGUUCUACAAAAGAGAGAAAACAUUCCUUGGAAAUGUCUUGGUCAGCCCUUGGAGAAGCAUGAUUCCUUUAUUCCAAAGAAAGAUACAGGCUUGUACUACAGAAAGUGCCAGUUAAUUUCCAAGGAAUAUGUUACUCAUGACACGAGGCUUUUCUGUCUGAUGCUGCCUCCAAGCACUCACCUUCAGGUGCCAGUUGGGCACCAUGUUUACCUCAUGCUCAGUGUCACAGGUGCAGAAAUAGUAAAGCCAUAUACACCCGUGUCUGAAUCCUUACUCUCAGACUUUAAAGAACCAGUUUUUCCCCCAAAUAAAUACAUCUACUUUUUGAUCAAAAUCUAUCCUGAUGGACUCUUCACACCAGAGCUUGAUCGUCUUCAGAUUGGAGAUUUUGUUUCUGUAAGCAGUCCCGAGGGCAAUUUUAAACUAUCUAAACUCCAGGAAGUAGAAGAUCUCUUUUUAUUGGCAGCUGGGACAGGCUUCACACCCAUGGUUAAUAUUCUAAAAUACUCUUUGACUUCCGUGUCCAGUCUCAGGAAGGUGAAAUUGAUGUUCUUCAAUAAAACAGAGGAUGAUAUAAUUUGGAGAUGCCAACUAGAGAAACUAGCCUUUAAAGAUAAAAGAUUUGAUAUUGAAUUUGUUCUCUCAACACCUUCUUCAGAAUGGAAUGGCAAACGGGGACAUGUGUCACCAGCUCUUCUCUCUGAAUUUUUGGAAAGAAGUUUAGAAAACUCCAGAGUCUUCCUUUGCAUCUGCGGACCAACACCAUUUACAGAUGAGGGGAUAAGGUUGCUGCAUGAUCUUAACUUUUCCACUGAUGAGAUCCAUGGGUUUACAGCAUAACGAAAAGCUGCCAUUGUCUUUUAUUCAACUGGGUUAUAUUUGUGAUUGCUUAGGAUUUUUUAAAAGAAUUUUGUAUGUACGAAAGGUUAACCAGGCUUCCACUUCUGGAAUGAAGUCACAUGUCUUCAGUACAGGUACCUUGGUUUAAUUUUGUACUGUGACUUACUUUACUACUGAUGCCUAACCUGGGAGGUCAAUCAUGGCAGCAGAUGCAUACAAGAACCUUUGUUAUGAACUGCAAGUUUUCCUUACCACUGAAAUGUAUCACUGUUCUGCAAUAAACACUUGUAUUUUAUGACAUUAUAAAGUAAGCAAUCAUUUUGAUCACUUUCUAUGCUGCAAGAUGUCUUCUGAGCAAUACAGAUUAAAUUUUACACUGCACUGUUUACUCAGGAAUUGAUGGUGUAUGUCAUCAUUAAUCUUAAAACAUGGAAUGCUGUAACUAUUGGUGAAUAGUUCUGUGGGUGUCCAUGGCAUUGAUACAGAGUAGAAUAAAAUUAUACUUGUAUUCCCUGUGUUGAACUGAAAUGAAACAAAUGGAGUAGCUGUCUUAAAGAGAAAUUUAUUUGCG